AGCAGGCGCGCGACCACAGCCAGUGCGAAGGGUGUCAGCUCAGGAACGCUUCUGAAUCUUUUGCUAAGUUUUCCGGAUGAUGCCAUUGGUACAACACUCGUCGCUAUCUUGCCGUAUGAACAUUUUUCUACAACAGAGUGUCUGUCCUGUCUAAACCUACUACAAGAUGCCUUUUCCUCCAAUUAAUCUGCACCAGCGGAUCACGUCGCCCGGGAAGGAACUCUUCAGGAAAAAGAAACCCAACAUCGUGCCGCCCCAGUCUCUGCUUAGUAGUAAAAUGAAAGAAGAGAAUGAUUCUGAAAAGGAGAAACUAUCUACGUCUUGGCCAUCGGCGAAUCUGAAACAGCUGGGGCGAAAGCCACAACCACAGAAGAGCAAACUUCCCACACACGUAGCACCUGGUACUCUGGGAAUGGAGGACAAGAACUCCUGGUUGACGUUACCAAAGCCAUUGGCAAACUCUUGCGAUAGCGUGCCGCGCUCGAGUUCCGGGGAGUCCGCCACGCUGAAGAGCAGCAAGCAUUCCUCGCGGAGUUCCCUUGCCAAGGGCGACGGUGUAGAGGAAAUCCACUUCUCUCUCAGCCUCACCCCAGAGGCCAUUCUCGUCAUUCAGAAGCGCAACUUGGAGAAGCAGAUGAUGGCAAAGCAACAGAAGUGUUGCGCCUCUGCAGACUUUCGGCACCGCCGUGUCUUCCCUUCCAGGCGGGCGCAGGGAGCAUCCAAGACAAACGUUCCUGUUGCCAAGUUGGAGAGCCCUGAAGACAUUAGCGCCAUCGUUAAAAUAUCGCUGUUAAAUGAUCAGUAUAAAUAUGACGACGUGGAGUACGAAGAGGAGGACGGUGAUGUGGACGAAACAGUCGUGAGGAAAUGCAAAGAGUGGCUCAAAGGAGUGGAAAGUGCCGCUGCCUUUGGGAAAGUGGACAAACUGGCCACUCUUCCGCAUCUAAAAAGCUGAUAACUGAACACUUUUUAUUUCCAACGAAAGGCAGGAUUACCUACUCAAUAAAAGAGACCAGGGGACAUUGCUCACAAACCAGAAGGUCCGAUCUGUAAACACAUCUAAGCGCAACGUUUCUUUGUCUGGUGUGAGAACAGUGCUUAUGUUUGUCUAUCCGUUGUACACAGACAUUGCCGUUACUUCGGCUGCUAUAUGCGCUUUCUUGCACAUGGCUGUGUUAUUUUCAAGGAGGCGCCUUUAUGUUAGGUGUCCCGUGAUUGAACAUUCCAUUGGAAUAUGAAGAAUUAAAACGUGAAUCCGGGAAAUGUCGAGAUCAACAGGAGGAAUCCACUUGUAACGUACCUCCCGUAAAUGGGGUCCCUUUCUUUGUGCAGCCGAACAAAAGCUGUCAGCGACAGAGGCGACGUUUACGCGCCUUCGGCCAGUCGAACAAAUGACUUAGAUUUUUAUCACUCAGCCAUGUAAAUGUAGAGUGCGCAGUGGAAAGGGUGUUAUAUGAACUACAACAAUGUAUAUAAAGUCACGCCAUCUUUGUACAGUAUUUAUUAUGCAGGGUAGCGAAGGGUAAUUGUUUGCACAAGUGUUUUUGUUAUCAUUUCCCGUCCUUUUAAAACUGUUUAUACGCAAUAAAACGUGUGAACAAUA